CCGCCCGCCGGCGGCAGUCCGGCGCGGGAGGCGGGGCGGAGGGCCGGCCGGUAGCCGACGUGGGUGUUAAGCGGCCGACCCCGCCGCCGAGCCAGAGUCCAGAGCGGGCGGCGGAGCGCGAGUAGGACGUGGCCAGUCUGCGCGGCGGGAUAUGCGGUGCCCAUCAUAAGCUCCUGAGAGUUGCCCUUCACGGAGCCCAGCAGAGGAGUGGGCAAACAUGAAAUCCAAUCCUGCCAUCCAAGCCGCCAUUGACCUCACGGCGGGGGCCGCAGGGGGCACAGCAUGUGUAUUCACCGGGCAGCCCUUCGACACCAUGAAAGUGAAGAUGCAGACGUUCCCCGACCUGUACAGGGGCCUCACCGACUGCUGCCUGAAGACCUACUACCAGGUGGGCUUCCGGGGCUUCUACAAGGGGACCAGCCCAGCGCUGAUUGCCAACAUCGCCGAGAACUCCGUCCUCUUCAUGUGCUACGGAUUCUGCCAGCAGGUGGUACGGAAAGUGGUUGGAUUGGAAAAGCAGGCGAAGCUGAGUGACCUGCAGAAUGCAGCUGCUGGUUCCUUUGCCUCUGCCUUUGCUGCUCUGGUCCUCUGCCCCACCGAGCUCGUGAAGUGCCGGCUGCAGACCAUGUAUGAAAUGGAGACGUCGGGAAAGAUAGCCAAAAGCCAGAACACGGUUUGGUCUGUCGUGAAGAGUAUCCUUAAGAAGGACGGCCCCUUGGGCUUCUACCAUGGACUCUCGAGCACUUUACUUCGAGAAGUACCGGGUUACUUCUUCUUCUUUGGUGGCUAUGAGCUGAGCCGAUCGUUUUUUGCAUCGGGGAGAUCAAAAGAUGAACUAGGCCCUGUCCCUUUGAUGUUAAGUGGUGGAUUUGGUGGAAUCUGCCUCUGGCUUGCUGUUUACCCAGUGGAUUGUAUCAAAUCCAGAAUUCAAGUUCUCUCCAUGUCUGGAAAACAGGCAGGAUUUAUUGGAACUUUUAUAAGCAUCGUGAAAAAUGAAGGAAUAACGGCCUUAUAUUCUGGACUGAAACCUACCAUGAUUCGCGCGUUCCCCGCCAAUGGGGCACUCUUUCUGGCCUAUGAGUACAGCCGGAGGUCGAUGAUGAGCCAGUUGGAAGCGCACUGAAGCGCUCUGGCGAGCCUUGACCCGAGCGAAGGUGUUUGAGGACUGCGGUUCUCAGGGUUUCAAAGACUACAAGACCAAUGUGGAAUUGUUUGAUUUUGUGGGAAUUUUUUUUGGUCUUCCAUUUUGCUACCUUAUACCUUAAACUUUAUAGAAGAGCUUCUCUUUUAUACUAUAUAAUUUCUGCCCAUAAUUGUAUUGAAAUGGAAAAGUUGCUGCUCUUGUCCUUGGUGGGACAUACAGGGUGGGCUGCUGGCCCUAGGUACCUAAUCUGAAAGGCUAAGUAGAGCUAUAUCAAGGGCUUUUGCAUAAACCUGUAUGUGUACAUGCAGUUUAGAUGGUUCUGUGUCGUGAGUGAAGCACAGUUUAGUUCCAUGUUUCAUCUCAGAUCUCACUAGAAAAAACCAGAAGUAACCAUGUUUCAUGAGGAUGGUCAUAAAUGCUUAAUCCAUUUUAAAUGUGGGUCUCUUUUAAAAUCUGCUUAGCACGUACCCUAUAAUAAGUGGUUAAAGUUUUUAAAAAGUUUUCCUGUGGUGCUUGAAAACUAAGGCGUCCAUCUCGAUUCUAAAGAGGAGAAAAUACCUGCAUACUGGUGUGGCUUCCGUGUUCUUGAUUUAAGUGUCAGGGUAAGCAUCCUGGAUUUUCCCAGGAUGCUCCUCUGUGGAAACAGUGCCAUCCAUCUUCUUCCAGGCGGGAUCACAUUCCACGCUCGGACACAUUGCUGGGUGUGGCCUGGAGCCUUUGGGAAGCAGCGCGGCCCUCGCCUGUACCAGCCCCUCCUCCUCUCCGCUGGGCUUGAGCUCAAGGAAGGGGCUGAGGGGAGGGGCCUGGGGUGCUUUGUGAAGACUGGCUGACAGCUGCCCUGAGCCUCUGCCUCUGUGUCCUGGCCUGGGCAGGAUUCCAGAGAAGUCUGUCGGACCAUCUAUGGGCUGCUGAUCCACUUUGGACCACGCCCUCCUUGCCUCUACUCCCUGGAAGGGCUUCCGAUUGGCAGGGUGCCAAAGCCAAGAGCGGCCCUGGCUCCGCGUCUGGGGCCAGAGUGGUGGUGCUUGUGGGCAAAGCGGUCUCCUUUCAGAGGGAACCAGAGUGUCGUGCUUGCGUGCCCCGUGAGUGGUGUCAGGGCUGACCCAGGCUGAAGUUUGUCUCGGGAUCCCUCCCUCCUUGCCAUGCUGGAGCCUUUAAUAUGGGGUACUGGCUGUCGUGAAUUUCAGUGAUGUGGUCUCUGGGGUGAGACUUAAUAAAUCAGUGAAGCAAAGGUAAUUUUAUUAAACUAUGUCGUAUGUAUGCACUAAUAACAAACCCCAGUUCAUCUGAUUCCCAUAGACUUGGGGUGGGCAGCUGUUCUCUGGCCGUCUGGUUUACGGGAGCCCUUGUCGUCACCAGUGAAGUAAGCCUCCUCAUCCUGUGCUGCUCCGAGACCACCCAGGCCUCUAAUAAAGAGUUGUUAAUCCGCCCCUGCGGCUGAUGUGUUAAUAAUGAUCCACAUUGGUAUGUCCGCCCCUGUCAGCAGGACGGAAGCAUUGUGUGAGACCUCCAGUUUCCACAAGUUUUUGUUCUCCCUGCAGCCUCGGUGGUGACUCCAGCCAGAAGCCAGAGAGGGUCGGGAAUGCCAGCUGCUGGCAGAAGUUUAGCGGAGGGGGGAUGCGGUGUUGUGCCCGAUGGGCUCCAGAGCUAUGCCUGCUCUUCCGUUUGCCUUUUCUUGAAAAGCAAUUUUUCUCCCUUACUUUUGUCCGUACUUAAAUGGUCAGUAGCUACUGAGUGGUGCUGCUUCUGAACAGGCCUGGAUUGAAGCAAAAAUAGCAAAUGGGACUGGCUUCCCCCAGGAAGUGACCUGCUCCAGAGCCCACCAGGCCCCUGUUGUCUAAGCCCUGUUGGCAGUAAGUCUUCUCACGUGUUGUCCUGUAAAGAUUUAACUGACUAUCUUCAACAGAAACUGUCUGAGGCAAGUUAAGAGUGAGUGGGAGUAAUGAAUGGAAACUUAAGACAGAGUUGGGUUUUUUUACAUUUCAUUCUAUUUGCUUAAUUCAUGGUUCAGUAUGUGGGUACAAUUUGUACCAUUUCAGAUCUGUACUCCAGACAAAAAUAGAGUAACUUGAAAUACUGUGUUUAAAGAAAUUCUCGUGUUCUCUCAUUAAAUUAUUUGCCUAAUAGUUGACUAUAUGAUUUAAGUACUUUAUGUGCUAAGAACCAACUGUCAGGAAUGUUUGAGUUAUGUAUGGUGAUAUUUCAAGGUGAUGGUUUUAUUGCAACAAGCAUUGUUUUUUUUGUCAGCAAGAUUCCUGAUGUAAAAUAACAACUACUGAUAUAAAUACAUAUUCUAUAUACACUGCAGUUAUGAAAUGUGGCCCACUAGAAUUUCUCUCCCUCCACCAGGCUGUGUAUGUGAUGUGACUGAUUUGGCAGGAUGCCAUUCUAUUUUUUAAAAUAAACUUCUUGCUAUCAA